AUGGUGCAACCGAUCCCAGCCCCGACACGCCCUAAAUGGGAUAAACCCAAUGUGCCAACACCAGCAGAGUGGGAGAAAGUUAAGGAGAUUUUCACAAAAUACUAUCUCAACAUUGAUAAUACCUAUGGAAAACUUACUCUCAAUGAGAUCCGCAAGAUUAUGGCUGAGAAUCACCUGUUUAACGCAAACGAAACCCAAUACAAAAAUAAGAUCAAAAAGUGGAAACUCGGCAGAUAUCUCGACAAGAAUGCAGUCAAGAAUAUGGCACGAAUACAGGACAAACGAGCACAGAGUGGUGGGAAAAAGACGGCCUUCAAGUUCCAUGGAAUACCCGUCUCGGAAGAAAGAUUAGAGCGCUCGUGUAGGCGUCUGGGAUUGGCCCGACCAGUAGUCGCAACUGAUCCGGAGCUAUCAGUUACGCCGCCUAGCAUAAGCUACUCUACCCCAACUUUACAGAAUGAUUUUACUAUGCAUGAUGUCUCGGCUGAAGUUGACGGCCCGGACGUCAACGAGAUAACUGUAGCUAUAAACGAUAUACAUGUAGCUACAGGUAUACACGAGAUAUCUGCAGCUAUAAACGAGAUAGCUGCAGCCGCAAACGAUAUAGCUGCGGCUACGAACGAGAUAGCUGCAUCUACGAACGAGAUAGCCGCAGCUAUAAACGAUGAACUUUUCGAUUCGGGUUCGGUUGAUAUCGCUGGAUUGGAUGAAAAAAUCAGUUCGGAAAUCAUAUUUUUUGAGGAACAAAUGCUCUCAAACGAUCCUAUUACCACAUCCGAACCGAUUAGCAUGGACAUUAUAUGUAUUGAUUCUGAGAAAGAGCAUUUCUCUGUAGUUAUUUAUACACCAUACGGAUUUUGCGAAAGGCUUUCACACCUAAGAAUUAUCGAGUUCAGUUUGUGGAAUCUCCCUGGCGCACGGCCUCCUAUGAGUUUUGAGGUUAUUGACCUGAGCCAGAAACAGACAUAUAUUCAAGUUGGCCUGAGGCAGAUACAGACAUCCAGAACCAUCUCGUUCCACCCAUGUAUCCCAGGGGCAUGGAAUAAAUGCAUAUCCGAAAUUUUCCAUAAUUUACAGCUAGGAGGUACACAAGGGCUAGCGAAGGCCCGGGGACGUGUAUCUGCGACAUUCAAACAUGAACGUAGCAUACUACCCUCUUCGUUAGGUAGUCAUGAGUUUCAACCAACAGUUUCAAGAAAUCGGCAACUAUAUUUUCCGGUGCCUGUACACGCAGUUUUGGCAAUAGAGCUACCUGACCCACUAUACAAUCUGAGUUGGUUGCAGCUUUUACCACCUAGCUCUGAGUUAGACCCAUUUCAUCCACGGAAAAAUUUUCUCAAGUACAAUGAUAAGAAAUCAUCGAUGCGAGGUUCCGUGUGGAUGAGCUCGGGCUGGGGAGGCGAAAGUGUUAUCGGGAGUUGGAUAAAAGAAGACAUUAUCAUGUCUGGAAGAUCACCGUUCGGUUCUGAUUCUCACUCGGUAUGUUCUCGCGAAAAUCUUGAACGACACAACGAGGAUAGUGCGGUCCACUAG